GAAGCAGUUGUAGAAGCACAAGUGUGUGAAGAGAAAGAAAGAGAGAGCUUGGUUUUGGUUUUGAAAAUGGACUUUGUUCUUCUUUACAUACUACUUGUGUCUGCUCCAAUCCUUUUUUGUCUCACUUUUGUGUCUCUGCCUCCACCAUAUUUUUUGGCAUGGAAGUCACGAUGGUCUCUCCCUGUGGCUGACUUGGUUUUAAAGAAUGGGGUGAUAUAUACCAGUGAUGACUCUCUCCUAUUUGCAGACUCCAUGGCAGUGGGCAAUGGGAGGGUCGUUCGUGUUGGGAACCAUUCAUUUGUCCAGGAGUUGGCAGGUUGUGGAACUCAAGUUUUGGAUCUUGGUGGGAAGGUUGUGGUUCCUGGGUUUAUUGAUUCCCAUGUGCAUUUUAUUGAUGGUGGAUUGCAGAUGAUGCAGGUGAAAUUGAGAGGUGUAAAUAAAAAGGAAGAAUUUAUCAGAAGGAUCAAAGAUGCCGCACAAAGCACAAAACAAGGUUCUUGGAUUUUGGGUGGUGGAUGGAACAAUGAUCUGUGGGGAGGAGAUCUGCCAGCUGCCUCUUGGAUUGAUGAUGUUACUCCUAAUAAUCCUGUUUGGCUAUCAAGAGUGGAUGGUCACAUGGGUUUGGCUAACUCAGUGGCACUAAUGUUAGCUGGGAUUACAAAUUUAACUAACGAUCCAAGUGGGGGAACUAUCAUGAGGAAUUCCAAUGGAGAACCUACUGGACUGCUAAUUGAUUCUGCAAGGACACUUGUUACCUCCCAGAUUCCAGAGGAUUCAGUAGAUGAUAGAAGGGAGGCAUUGCAUAGAGCAAGCAAUCUUGCCCUAACAAGGGGGGUGACCACAGUUGUUGACAUGGGAAGAUAUUAUCCUGGGUUCUCAUCUGAUCUUUCUUGGGAUGAUUUUUCAGAUGUUUAUCUAUGGGCUAAUUCUAUGUCAAAAAUGAAAAUUAGAGUGUGUUUAUUUUUUUCAAUGGAGACAAUGUCAAGUUUGGUGGACGUGAUCAACAAAGUGGGUCAUUCCUUGAGCGAAUGGAUUUAUGUGGGUGGUGUCAAAGCAUUUGCUGACGGGUCGUUGGGUUCCAAUAGUGCAUUGUUAUAUGAGCCAUAUAUUGAUGACCCUGACAAUUAUGGCCUACAAGUGACUGACCCUGAAGCUCUUCUCAACAUGACCAUGGAUUCAGAUUUAAAUGGUCUACAGGUUGCUAUUCAUGCUAUAGGGGACAGAGCAAAUGACCUUAUCUUGGACAUAUAUGGCUCAGUUGCUUCUACAAAUGGGAUGAGGGAUCGUAGAUUUAGGAUUGAGCAUGCCCAGCAGUUGGCAUCUGGGACCCCAGGCCGAUUUGGCAAACAACGGGUUGUUGCAUCCAUGCAGCCAGAUCAAUUGUUGGAUGAUGCUGACUCUACUAGUAAAAAGCUUGGCAAGGAUAGGGCUGAAAAGGAAUCAUAUUUAUUUCGAUCGCUCUUGGAUAAUGAUGUAUUAGUGGCAUUUGGUUCUGAUUGGCCAGUAGCAGACAUCAAUCCUUUGAGUGGUAUUAAGACAGCAAUGAGAAGGAGGCCUCCCACUUGGGAAAAUGCAUGGAUUCCAUCAGAAUGCAUUUCAUUAGAUGAUGCAAUAAAGGCUUACACCAUUUCUGCUGCUCGUGCAAGCUUCCUUGACAAAGAUCUUGGAUCCUUAUCUCCGGGGAAAAUGGCAGAUUUUGUCAUAUUAUCCACCGAUUCAUGGAAAGACUUUGCUGAAGAAGCAUUGGCAUCAAUUGAGGAAACCUAUGUUUCUGGUGUUAGAGCAUAUCCUUGAAGGUUUUCUAUUUCAAGUUAGAUUGUAAAUUUGUAGUUCAUUUUAAAAUUUUCAUCCCUUAUCUCACAGUAUUUUCAUGCUGGUCCCUAUGUGGAAAAUUCUACAUUCUAGUUCCUCCGUACAAAUGCUGACAUUAUAAUAAUUUUAGAUUUUGUCCUUAUACUGGACAACAUUUUUUUUUGUCCUAGCUUUUUUAUAUGUAAGAACUUUACACUUCAUAAACUUUACAAUUUGGUUUUCACCAGGAGACAUGAAAAACAUUUUAACAUUGUU